GACGUCCAAAUACUCCUGCUCUCUCUCGUCUCACAAACCACCGUCUGGACUCUACAUCUUCCGCCAACCGCCGUCACUGUUGGAACCGCCGUCGCUUUUAGAACCGCCACAACAGUCUAUCUUCUGAUAGCCAUCAUCGUUGAGGUUGAAGAAACCAUUCGAUUGACAGUGUGGGCAUGAUGAAUUUCUUUAUCCACAAACUUCUACGGUCUAAUCCUUCAGGUUUGCAUCCACCCGCCGCGACAGCAGAAGCCCUGUAGACUAGUCCCCCCUGCAGGUUUGAUGUAGGUUCGAACUCUAGAAAUGUUGUCCUCCCAGUGGACCAGAUCCAAAUGCAAAGGUCUCAUAACGAAGCAGGUUCUUCUGGGAUGGUUGAUCAUUUGGUGGACCAGAUUCAAUUUUCAGGGUACAUGUCUAUCUUGUCUGGUGGACAAUGGUUACAUGACUGUUGCAUUUGUGGAGUAUCCUUGUUGGUUGUUGAUUCAAAAGGACCUCUGAUGGACCACAUCCAAAAUGCGAGGUCUGACGAAGAAGGAGUGAUUGGUGAUGUUGUGCCUCCUAACGCUGACCAACAAUUCAAACAUUUAAGGUUUGAUGUAGGUUCUAACUCUAGAAAUGUUGUUCUCCCAGUGGACCAUAUCCAAAUACAAAGGUCUCAUAACGAAGUAGGUCCUUCUCGGAUGGUUGAUCAUUUGGUGGACCAGUUUCCAGGGUACAUGUCUAUCUUGUCUGGUGGACAAUGGUUACAAGACUGUUGCAUUUGUGGAGUAUCCUUGUCUAUUUCGUGGUGUAGUCGUUGUGGUCAUCUCUUUAAACUACCGGUCCGAAAAAGCUCCUUCUCUGAUAAAUUUGUCAACCAGCUUAUGGACCAUAGCCUCAUUCCCAUUAAUUCAUGUCCAGUCGCUAUUAAUGUUAGCUUUUGUUUGAAUUCUCCCCUAAGCUUUUCCCUUCUCUUUCUUCUAUUAAGCCAAUGGUAAA